GAAGAAGAAGCCCACACGUGUAUCCAACAUGUCUGCCCACCGUGUUUACGUGUGUUGACAUGCUAUGAGCUGUGUUGACUAGUUUGACGCUGUUUUAUUCAACAAACUGUACAGUAAAGUCUUUGAAAGCAGCCUAAGAGAGAAUUAAAGCGUCAAGAUGGCGCAGAGGAAGAAGAAACUGACGAAGAAGAAGAGACACACAGCCAACAGGGAGCCGGAGGCAGACUCUGACAGCGGAGACUUUGAGCUGGCUGCUGAAAUUAAAGACGAUGACUCUCCAGGGAGGAAACUCCCGCGGUUCCCGACCACUUCAGACUGCCUGUCAGAUGUGGAGCCUGACACCAGAGAGCUGGUCAGAGCACAGAACAAGAAGAAAAAGAAGUCUGGAGGCUUUCAGUCCAUGGGUCUCAGUUAUCCUGUAUAUAAAGGUGUCAUGAAGAAGGGUUACAAAGUCCCUACUCCAAUCCAAAGAAAGACGAUCCCAGUGAUUUUAGAUGGCAAAGACAUGGUAGCUAUGGCUAGGACUGGCAGUGGUAAGACGGCUGCCUUCCUUGUGCCCAUGUUUGAGAAGCUGAAGGCCCCUCAAGCCCAAACAGGAGCCAGGGCCCUCAUCUUGACCCCCACCAGAGAGUUGGCCCUGCAGACCAUGAAGUUCACAAAAGAGUUGGGGAAAUUCACCGGCCUCAAGACUGCCUUGAUCCUCGGUGGAGACAGAAUGGAUGAUCAGUUUGCUGCUCUUCAUGAGAACCCUGACAUAAUCAUUGGAACCCCCGGUCGUCUCAUGCACGUUAUCAAGGAGAUGAACUUGAAGCUGCAGAAUGUGGAGUACGUGGUGUUUGACGAGGCUGACAGGUUGUUUGAAAUGGGUUUUGCUGAGCAGCUUCAGGAGAUCAUCCAGAGGCUCCCAGACACCAGACAGACUCUGCUGUUCUCUGCCACGCUGCCCAAACUGCUGGUGGAGUUUGCCAGAGCUGGGCUGACUGAACCCGUAUUAAUUCGUUUGGAUGUGGAUUCAAAGCUCAGUGACCAGAUUAAGCUGUCAUUUUUCCAUCUGCGUAUGGACGACAAGCAGGCACUCCUGCUCCACCUGUUAAGGAACGUGGUGAAGCCUCAGGAGCAGACGGUGGUUUUUGUAGCCACCAAACACCAUGUAGAGUACCUUAAGGAGCUGCUGAUUUCAGAAGGUGUGGAGUGUGCCUACAUCUACAGCGCCCUCGAUCAGACUGCCAGAAAAAUCAACAUAGGGAAAUUUGUGCAUCGGAAAGCCAUGGUGCUAAUUGUGACUGAUGUUGCUGCUCGUGGUAUAGACAUCCCCAUGCUGGACAAUGUCAUCAACUACAACUUCCCCUCCAAGCCCAAGCUCUUCUUGCACAGAGUUGGUCGUGUUGGACGAGCUGGGCGCAGUGGCGUAGCCUACAGUAUGAUUUGUCCAGAUGAGAUGCCUUUUGUCUAUGACCUUCACCUCUUCCUUGGAAGGCCUGUUCAGUUCGCCACACCUGAACACACACAGGAUUCAGAGGGUGUGUUUGGUCGGGUCCCUCAGAGUAUCCUGGAUGACGAAAGUUCUCAUCUGAUCACGGCUCACGAGAACUCCCAGGACCUGCAAAACCUGCACCAUGUCUCGGAGAACGCCUACAAGCAGUAUCUCAAGUCUCGACCAAACCCCUCACCUGAGUCCAUCAGAAGGGUUAAAAGCACAGAUUUGUCCAGCAUGGGUGUCCAUCCAUUCCUAGGGUCAGGUCUAGAGAAAAUGGAACUUGAGCGCCUUCAUUUAGUCGAUGCCAUCAAAGGCUACAAAUCCAAAUCUACUAUCUUUGAAAUCAACUCUAACAGUAAGACCCAGGCUGGUGAGGUGAUGCGGACCAAACGCUCCAAGGACACACGGCUGGUGGAAAAAUUCAAGAAACAGAGAGACAGCCUGGCUGAAGAAAGCCAACUGCACCAGUCUGCCAACCCAUCCACUUCCACUUCCACUGCAGAUAAUUUCACACACACCACAGGCGAAGACGAGGACGAUAUAAAGGGGGUGUUCUCUGCAGUGGUAGGAGGUAAAAGGAGAGGCCAGCAUGCAGAUGGUGAAGACCAUCAAAAGAACAAGAGAAGCAGACAGUCAGGCAAAGAUGAGGAAUAUUACAUCCCCUACAGACCCAAAGACUUUAACUCUGAGAGAGGGUUAAGUCUCGGCAGAGAGGGCAGUGCCUUUGAGCAGCAGGCCUCCUCGGCUGUCCUGGACCUCAUGGGAGAUGAAGGAGACAGGUUGAACCAGCACAAGAACAUGAUGAAAUGGGACCGUAAGAGGAAGCGCUUUGUGAAAGAAGCAGGAAAGGAGGACCAGAAGAAGAAGCUCAGACUAGAUGGUGGACAGGUCAUCGAUAACAAGAAGAACAAGAAGAACUUUUAUGAGGAGUGGAAGAAGAGAUACAAGAUUGAUGAUGGAGGAUCUGGCUCAGAUGGAGAAGCAGGAGGAGCUCGAGGAGGAGCACGAGGAGUGAGGAGACCAGGAGGAGGUCGUGGCCGAGGUCGUGGUCGUGGCCGCGGUCAUGGUCCUAACUUCCAGAGCCCCAUUAGAGCGCAGCAGACGCCUGGUGGCAGCAGAGUGCGCUCAGAACUGAAGACGAAAGAGCAGAUCCUGAAGCAACGCAAGAAAAAUCAGAAGCACCAGUUCCUGCAGAGUGGAGGCCUGAAGAACCUGCGUAAUAAGAACAAACAGUGGCUCGGAGAGGUUAAGAAGUCAGGUUUUGGACGGGGUGGUCAAAAGAAGGGGAAGAUGAGGAAGAAACUCUGAGGAGGACACGGGGAGAACUGUCGCGGAGGGAUGAUGACGUGAGACGGAGGGCACCAUGAUCUUUGAUGGUUGUGGAUUAAAGGAGAAGAAGAGUUGAGGAAAGCAGAGAUGAACUUCACCUUUUUCCAUCAUUGCCUUCUGAACUCUAAAUUUGACACAGAGUAAGAAUGAUCCAGUGAACUAGAAUUCAAGUGUGUUGGCGGAUUCAUGUUGUGAGAUAUUUCUAUACACAUUAUUAACACAGAAAAAUACAGAUGUGAAUAAGACAA